AUGCUCUUUACUACUUUCUUAUAUGCUAUAAUAGCUAUAGUAGCUGCUGCAGCAGCCGCUGCCUCUACUGCAGUUAUAGAGGGUAUACACGCCCUUUUUAGCCUCUCUAUAAGCAUAUUAAUAGACUACAACACUAAAACCGCUUUAUGUAUAGAUGAAGAAGUAACCGCAGGCGUGUCGGCCACUCUUCUAAGACCUGUUACGACCACUGGUUGGGCCAGAGGAGCAUGCGGGUCUCCAACCCCACGGAGGAAGGACGGGCCGAGGCUGUUACAAGUACGAGCAGACAAACAAAUCUCCCGUGCCGCCGACAAUGUUCAUACAGAGCACCGCGUCAGUCAGUUGCAAAGUCAGGUUUGA